GACCUUAUUCCCACCUCCAACCACUCCCCCCCACCAUCACAACACUAAAGACAAAAACAUGAAAAUCAUCAUUAUCGGCGCCGGCAUCUCCGGCUGCGCCGCAUAUCUCACCCUCCGGAAACAUCUCCCACCACCACCCCCAUCAUCCUCACCUCCCCAAGACCACGAAUACACCAUCUACGAAGCAUACCCCACCACCAUCGACACCACCUCUGACGACCGCCCCAAUGACAAACACAGCACCCACUCCGCAACCCUAACCAUAGGCGGCGGGCUCGGCGUAGCCCCCAACGGCCUCCGCGUACUCGAACGCCUCGACGAGGACAUUCUCCGCGACGCAGUCAGCGGCGGAUACAUGGUCGAUCACAGCAACCUGAAAGACAAACACGGCCGGGUGUUGAUGCGACUCCCUUCAUCCAGCACCACUAGCAGCAGCAGUGACAGCGAUGGAACUACUAACCCAAUGCACCUCCUCGGCACAAGCCGACAUAACAUCUGGCGAUGUCUGCGCAAACGCAUGCCAGACAACAUCAUCAUCAAUAAGCGAGUAGCGAGUGUAACUGCGCACCCUACCCACCGCAACACAGUCACCUUCGUUGAUGGAAGUGAGCCCGUACACGCAGAUCUUGUCAUCGGUGCGGAUGGCUUAAAGAGUGUUUCUAAACACGCCCUCUUCGAUGGGGAUCCGUAUCCCCCUCAUUACGAAGGCCUAAUCGGCAUCGGCGGCUUCCUCCCCACCAGCACCCUCCCACCAACCAUCCCCCGACCGGAACCAGGAUCCAUGAACUUCUGUUUCAGCGGAACAGGGUUUUUCGGGUACUUCUACGCUACUAGCUCGCCUACUACCUCUGUUGAUCGCUGCUCCGCAUAUCAUAUCUCCCCGCCCGGGGAUACAUUAGCUUGGUGGACUACAUAUUCAACACCUACUUCUUCUUCCACCCCACCUAAUACCCAAGAUCUAGAUAUGGAUGAUGUGACGGCCCAACUCCAGGACAGGUUCUCGUCAUGGACUGAUCCUCUCGUCCGUCAUAUUAUCCGUUCUGUGCAGGUGCAGACAAUGUGGCCGACCUGGACGUGUCCGCCGCUUCCUACCUGGGAGAGGGAGGGGGUGGUGCUGGUGGGGGAUGCGGCGCAUGCGUUGCCGUCGACGUCGGGACAGGGGGCGAGCCAGGCGUUGGAGGAUGUGGAGGCUUUGGGAAGGUUGGUGGCGCAUGAGGUGGGGAUUGGGUAUCAGGAACAACUGAUGUUAGGGGUGUCUGGUGGGGUGGAGGGAGAGAAACGGGCGAUUCAGAUGGCGUGUAAACGGUAUGUGGAGAUGAGGAUGCCGAGGGUAAGGGGGAUAUUGGACCGGGCGAGGGGGAUGCAGAAUAGUAAGAGGGAUAUGGGGGUGGUUGGGGAGUGGGUGAUGUAUUGGGUGAUGUGGGUUAUGGGGUUCUUUCCAGGGUUGCUUGGGAGGCAGCAGCAGGAGGUGUUUGAUUAUGAUUUGCCGGGGGAUGUGGAGCGGGUGUUGGAUGGAAGAUAGUACUUACUACUAUCUUCGAUGAUAUUGUGUUGAUAUGUAGUGUGGGAGUACAGCGCAGACAAAAGUAUCAGGGACUAGUUACACUCUCCUCAUGCACACUAUCCACUUUCUUCUCUUCAUCUUCUCCCCUCUCUACCCCUGGCCCAUCAAAGAUCACUGCGACCUGCUCCAACGUGUAUCCCUUUGUUUCUGGGUAGAAGAAGAACGCAGUCACUCCGAACAGCACCAACACCACAAUAAACACAAUGUAAUACCGCCACUCAAUCGCGUCCAGGGCAAUCGGGUUCACAAACGUAUUGAAAAACAUGCCGACAAUCGUCGCCACCCAGGUGACUGUCAGACCGCGGGAUCGUAGUCGGAACGGCCAGAUUUCGCAGGGAUACGAGGUAAGAAAAG